AGAGCUGUAAAUAGAUUUUCUAGUGCACAGCGCUUUCGAGACCAUAUGGAAGCCUACAAUCUACUGUCCAAAGACUCACUAGGCUGCAAGUUCACUUGGGUUCGCCGAACAAAUGGGAGAGUCGUGCUACGGGAAAAGCUUGAUCGAGCUUUGCUAAACCUCUCAGGUUUUGCAGAAUUUCCAAAUACAAAGCUCAUUAAUUUACCAAGGUUAUGUAGUGAUCACCACCCUAUCAUGUUGCACAUAGACCCUGCAGCUCCGACUCAACAAACGGCCAAACCACAUAGAUUUGAAGCAGCUUGGCUUACUCAUGUGGAUUUCAGGGAUAUAUUCAACAAUGCAUGGGCAGCACAUGAUCAAUCUCUUCCUUCAGCUAUUAAUGCCGUUCAAACAGCAUGCUUCAAUUGGAACAAAACAGUCUUUGGAAACAUCUUCUGUCGUAAAAGGCUUUUACAAGCACGACUUGCAGGCAUACAGAACUCCCCCCAUUACCAUCAUUCACACUUCCUGCAGAGUUUGGAAGUUGAUUUGUUAAGGGAAUACCACAGCGUACUACACGCUGAAGAACUAUUCUGGUGCCAGAAAUCUCGGAUAGAAUGGAUCACUUCAAGCGACCGCAAUACUAAAUUCUACCAUACCUCCACUGUUAUUCGGAGAGCAAGGAAUAGAAUCACGGCUUUGAAGGUAAAUGACUCAUGGGUAACAGACAAUAUUGCCUUAAAGACCCAUGUUCGUGACUUUUUUGCUGGCUUGUUUUCCCAAAAAGAGACAAGAGCCAUGUUCGGGGAUUAUUCUUGUUUCCAGCCUAAAUUGUCAGAUGCAGCUAGUAGCUCCCUACUGCUCCCGGUUUCCAUAGAAGAGGUGAUUGUCAAUAGGCUACGUCCCCAUCUACAGAAUCUUAUUGGACCUUGGCAAAGUAGCUUUCUCUCUGGUAGAAGUACAUCAGAUAACAUCAUCUUAGUUCAGGAGGCAGUGCAGUCCAUGAGGAGGUUGAAAGGAAAGAAAGGGGCCCUUGCUCUUAAAAUUGAUCUCCAUAAGGCUUUCGAUAGAGUGGAUUGGGGUUUCCUCAAAGAAGUGCUUAUCGACUUUAACCUCCCGGAGCCAUUAAUCCAGUUAAUCAUGUUCUCGGUUACCUCCUUGCAACUUUCAAUCAUCUGGAACGGAGAACAGCUUCCUUCUUUCCAACCACAACAAGGGUUGCGUCAAGGUGAUCCUUUAUCACCCUACCUUUUCAUUAUGGUCAUGGAAAAACUCUCAUACAUGAUUUUGAGCAGACGACAGCAACACCAGUGGAAACCAUUCAAGAUCUCACGUGGGGGGCUACCUUUCUCUCAUUUGUUCUUCGCUGACGACCUUAUGCUAUUUGGUACUGCUUCAUUUUCCCAAAUUGAGAUUAUCAUGGAAUGCCUUUCGGGAUUUGCUGGAUGCUUGGGGCUUGAAUUAAACCUCAGUAAAUCUAAACUAUUUGUUUCACCAAAUGAAGGGAAUUAGUACUCUAAUGGAGAUCUACCCUUUGUUUAAUGGCAAAAUACCCAAAUCUACCCUCAAAGUAUAGUAGUAAGGAUGAAUUCAUCCUCAAACAAAAAAUGAAAACAAAUCCACCUAUAAAGUUUUCAAUUUGAA